AGAGCUAGAGAUGCUGUAUUGGUGAGAGUGGGUACCGAUCGCAGCUGAAGACCUGAAGAGAACUUGCUGCCGAGGACAUUUUGAAGGUUUUGUUGGCUGGAAGAGGCGUCUCUGGAAUUCCAUCCCAGAUCUUUCUUCAGGAUUUGAAGAAAAAUAAUUAGGACCAUGGGGACACAGAAGGUGACCCCAUCUCUGAUUUUUGCUGUCUCUGUUGCUACAAUUGGCUCUUUCCAGUUUGGCUACAACACUGGAGUCAUCAAUGCUCCUGAGACUAUCAUAAAAGAAUUUCUCAACUAUACUUUGGAAGAGAGGUUAGAAGACCCUCCCAGUAAAACAUUGCUUACAACCCUCUGGUCCUUGUCUGUGGCCAUCUUCUCUGUUGGUGGCAUGAUGGGCUCCUUUUCUGUUGGACUCUUUGUCAACCGCUUUGGCAGGCGCAAUUCAAUGCUUAUAGUCAACCUGUUGGCUGUUGCUGGUGGCUGCCUCAUGGGGUUCUGCAAGAUUGCUGAGUCCAUUGAGAUGUUAAUCCUGGGCCGCUUGAUUAUUGGACUUUUCUGUGGACUCUGUACAGGUUUUGUGCCCAUGUACAUUGGCGAAGUAUCUCCUACUGCUCUGCGGGGUGCCUUUGGCACUCUCAACCAGCUGGGGAUCGUCAUUGGGAUUCUGGUGGCUCAGAUAUUUGGUCUGAAAUUUAUCCUGGGAUCUGAAGAUCUGUGGCCUGUGCUGUUGGGCUUAACAAUUAUUCCAGCUGUCCUACAAAGUAUAGCCCUUCCAUUUUGCCCUGAAAGUCCUAGAUUCUUGCUCAUUAACAGAAAAGAAGAGGAGAAUGCUAAGAGGAUCCUCCAACGGUUAUGGGGCACACCAGAUGUGAACCAGGAUAUCCUGGAAAUGAAAGAAGAGAGUGUUAGAAUGUCACAGGAAAAGCAAGUCUCUGUGCUGCAGCUCUUUAAAUCACCCAACUACCAACAACCCCUCCUCAUUUCCAUUAUGCUCCAGCUCUCCCAGCAGCUCUCUGGGAUCAAUGCUGUGUUCUAUUACUCAACAGGAAUCUUUAAGGAAGCAGGUGUUGAUGAGCCAAUAUAUGCUACCAUUGGAGCCGGUGUUGUUAAUACUAUUUUCACUGUAGUUUCUCUGUUUCUGGUGGAAAGGGCAGGAAGAAGGACUUUACAUAUGAUAGGCCUUGGAGGAAUGGCUAUAUGUUCCAUCAUCAUGACUAUUUCUUUGUUAUUGAAGGAUAACUAUAAUGCAAUGAGCUUUGUCUGUAUCACAGCUAUCUUGAUCUAUGUGGCCUUCUUUGAGAUUGGACCAGGGCCUAUUCCAUGGUUUAUUGUGGCUGAACUCUUUGGACAGGGACCACGCCCAGCAGCCAUGGCAGUGGCUGGUUGUUCUAACUGGACCUCCAACUUUUUGGUUGGACUGCUCUUUCCCUCAGCUGCAGCCUAUUUGGGAGCCUACGUUUUUCUUGUCUUCGCCACUUUCCUCAUUAUCUUCCUGGUCUUCACGUUCUUCAAAGUCCCUGAGACCCGAGGCAGGACUUUUGAGGAUAUCACACGGGCCUUUGAAGGGCAUGGUAAUGAGUCCAAUAAUAGAGCUGGGAAAGGCUCUGUGGGGGAGAUGAACAGCAGCCAGCCUGCUAAGGAGAACACCACCAAUGUCUAGUCAGACCUCCUUCCACCUCUCUCCCAACAUGGAAAGCAACCUCUCCCUGAACAGAGAGAGAGACUUCAUCAGGAUGAACCCAGGACUGCUUCCGAAUGCUGCUACUUGAUUCCCUUCUCAUCCCACACACUUCUGAACACUCAGAUGAACCCAGUGUUGGGGUUAGUCAGAUCUUCAAUGCUUUUUAAAUAUUUCAUUUCUUGGACAUUCUCUCCUGUUUAGGAGAGAUCAAGUGAACCGACCUUCUUCAUUUCAGGAGAGAUUGGCUGCUUGGCGUAUGACAACGUUGCCAGCUCUUCUUCCCUUAGGUUCUAAUUGCCUCACUAGGGCACAUAGGGGAGUAAAGAGUUAGGGUGCAGUUCCCCCAACCUCAGACUUGUCAGGAAGCAGAUAUACAUAGUGUGGAGGGUUAUGGGGAAUUAAAUAAGAGCAACUUCCUCACUUUCACACAGCUCUGCACAGCAAAGUAACUUGAGUUUUAUUUAUUUUAUCUUCUGGUUUUAUUGCAUAAAUAUUUAUUUUUUUAAGUGUAAAGUAAUUUUACCAAAUAAUGAAAAUAUAAGGAAAUAAAGGUUAGAGAGAGGUGUUUAAAGAGGUUCUAGGGCAAAGAUGAUUUGAUACUGGAGAGGUACAACAAGAAGGAAGAAUUGAGGAAGAAAUAUCUGUUGGUGGAGGGUAUGUGAUAUGGUGCCUGAAGUCUGCAUGUUGCCUAAUGACAAUGUGUUUCAGACAGAAAUUUCGUUUGAUUUCUCAGUCAUGUGCCUGUAUAAAAAAGCUACUGGUUUCCUUUGGGAUUUUUCUUUAAGAUUAUAGUUUAUAGUAUUACUUGAAAUCUAAUGUUUAUUAAGAUGGGUGUUAUAGUUAAUGGUGGUUGAUGGGUUUUAAUUUUGGAUGGAGCCCAGAGAAGGGAAGGAUGUUUAUUUGCAGAAAGCCUUCCUAGUCCAAACAACUCCUUCCCCUGAUAGUGGACUCAUAUGCUUUAAGUAAUUCCAUCACCUAUCUGGUGGCAGAGCCCUCCAAAUGAGAAACCUAAAAAAAAAAAAAAAAAUUGGUUACUGCUUAGGUGUUCGGUAUUUCUUCACUUUGUUCUUUAAGAUUUUAUGUUUUAACUUGUUUUAAAGGGAUUCAAAGGAAAAUGUUUAUAGCUAAAUUGGAAUUUGUAACCUCAGCUCUGGGAGAGGGUUUUUUAUUUUUAAUUUUUUUUAAACAAUUAUCUAGUUUUAGUAGUUUUGCUCUAAGGUCAUGGCAUGCCUGUCUGUGUCUGUUACGUGUCAAAAUUAUCCUUAUUACCAUGUUGCCCUGAUACUAUAUCAGGUACCCUUAGGGGACUUGAAUCUUUCUGAUAGACACAUUUGAAAUAGUAUGAGUAAAUGUACAGUGUAGCCCACACUUGAGAGAAUAUGAAUGUAUGUGCACUGUCACUUUGCUCUGGUUGAAAGUAGUUUAUUGUUCCUUUGUUCCUUUGUUCUUUUGGAUCUACUGUAUUAAAACUCAUCCCUAUGUACAUAGGUAACACUG